AUGGGAGAUUUCAAUGUGGACUAUAAUGUUACAAACGUCAAUAAAGAUUUUAAAUCUACAAUUAAUGUGCAUGGUUUUAAACAACUUAUCAAUAAACCCACGAGAACGUCUUCUACGUCAUCAACGACAAUUGAUUUAUUUUUCACUAAUUGUUCCGACAAUUUUCACUGCACUGACGUAUUCCCUACUUCGCUGAGCGAUCACGAUAUGGUUGGUGGAAUACGUAGGAUACACAACAUCAAGCAUCCUAUGCGAACUCUGAAGUGCCGUAAUUACACUAACUACGUUCCUGAAAACCUUUUUUAUGACGUCUCCGAAAUUGCCUGGCGCCCUGUAUACGACGCCAGUGAUGUAAAUUCUGCAGUUACGUAUUUUAACUCGAAGCUAAGAGAUUCUUUUGAUAAACACGCCCCGUUAAUCGAAAAAAGAGUUAAAUCACGACCUUGUAAAUGGCUAACUUCAAAAAUAAAAUCUCAAAUGAACAACCGUGACAAACUUCAUCGCAAGGCUCGCAAAUCAGGUAAAAGAGAAGAUGCAAAGAAAUAUAAAAAGAUUAGAAAUAGUUGCAAUAAUAACAUAGUGAAAGCAAAGGCUAACCACCAGCGUGAUCUUAUUAACGAAAAUCUGUCAAAUCCAAGAAAGUUUUGGAAUGCAAUAAAAUCAGUAUUCCCAAGCAAACCGAAAAAAGUGUGUCAAAUGUCAAAAGAUAGUGAAAGCAGAAGUAAAGUAAACAACUUCAGCAAGUUUUUUAGUACAGCUGUUCACUCCCUUAAAUCCAAGUUAAUUCAACUUAUGAAUUUUACAUGGAGAUACGUACCACCUUUUUCUUUACGAACAAAUAAAAUUUUCAUAACAGGUUAUAUUUCUAAGAUUUUUGUAGAGAAAGAACUCCGAUCACUCAAACGAAAUAAAGCAACCGGUAUAGACGAGUUAACACCCGGAAUGUUAAAAGACUGUGCUAUUUUAAUUUCAAAACCUCUUAGUCACAUAAUAAACCUUUCGAUAAACACCUCAACUGUACCAUCAGCCUGGAAAGUUGCGAAGGUUGCACCUAUAUUUAAAUCUGGGGAUUCUUCUCUUCCCGAAAACUAUCGCCCGAUUUCAAUUUUACCGGUGCUAUCUAAAAUUCUUGAGUAG